UUCUUACUGGCAAAGGUGAUAAGGUAAUGUAUCUCUGGUCCCUAGAAAGCUACAAAUGUGUGGAAGAAUAUUUUGUUCCAGACAUAGUUCCUCUAGUUGACUUUGAUUUUGAUGAGAGCAAGAUUGUUGGUUUGGUUGGUACUCGUAUAUGCAUAUGGAGGCGAAAUGGGAAAAGAAGUAUAUUUCCGUCUAAUGAAGGCACGUUUGUGAAAGGUUUAUGCAUGCAGUAUGCGGAAUUUUCUGAUUAUCUUGAUUUAUGAAUAGCUGUAAUUACUACGAUGCACACAACCAAGCAUCAUCAUAAGGCAAUUUCAUAUAUGAUUUCUUUCACCAUGCAGUGAUGCCUCUCUGAAUAUGUACUUACGGGCUUCUGCUGAAGACACUCUUGGAGAUCCUACCUUAAUGGAUUAUUGCUGUGAUGUCUUUUAAGUCUAUGAACCUUACCACUGGCAGGAUUAAAUCCUAUACAAGACUGUUGUUUGUUGGAUGUUUUCCUAAAUUCUGAAUCAAGAAAAUAUAAUUGGUACAAGUGCUUUUUGGCAUAUUUGUU